CUCAACAAUAAAACAACAAAAAAAACACAAACAUAAACAAAAAAUAAAACAAAAUACAAAAUACAAAAACUAUUUAGGAGGAUAAUAACACCGGUUUUUGGAAAAUGGUUAAGAUGGUUAAAGGUGCUGCUUCUACUAAGGAUGCAGUGAGUCUGAUAAGCGAAUCGGAAAUAUUGGAAAGGCAAAAAAAUUACACUAUUCGACUGCACGAUAUUGGUGUCGCCUGUUCGACAUUCAAGAAUUCACUCGCUCAUUUUCGAGAUCUGGAGGAAGAACGGACGAAUCAAGACCGUUGGGAUCAGUUUACCCGGUGUGAUGGCCUGCCAAAGGUCCGAUCUCCAGUCGAGAUCAGAACAUUUUUGGCCAAGAUUCGUCACUUUGAAGAGAUCGAAACUAACAACUCCAUUGACUGGACUCUGGGAGUGGACGAGCGUAGUAUUCUGACACAGAAUAUUUACCACAAGGACCUAACACGAGCAACAUUGCAAAAAACGUCUUGCGAUAAUCCUGGUUCUUAUUUUGAGACCAACUUAAAGAAUUGCAUAGAAAUAUUGCGACAGGUGGAUGCUUUGAUGGACAACGAGGUGGAAAUGGAGCGCAUGAGUUUGAAAGUACAGCUUGAUCUUAUGGAGGUUUACAAAGACGUCCAACGGGAGAUGGAAAGCCUCUUCGACCGUCUUACAUAUCGGCUAUUGCGAAUGCAAAAGGUCUACAUGGAAUCUGCUAAUGGAAUAGUGGCUAGGUGGAGCCACUCAUGUGAUUCAUGGCGCAUGGACCUUUGGGGUCUUUACAAUGUUCCCAUAAUCUUUAAGCAACUGGAUGUUCCAUUGAUGUUGGCCGACUUUAAGGCCACGCAAGUCACGGUCCAGUUACCAUUGAGUGUCCUGUGGGAUUGCGUCACCCUACGCUGUGUCCACACCAGUUUUGACCAUCGUUCGGAGGACGCGAAGAGCUACGAAACACCUACGGUCGACGCCAGUGUUGUUCCCAUUUCUGGAAUAACUGAAAUGGAAGAGUCGGUGGUUGGUGAGUGGUUGAUGCAGCAUGACAUACAGGAGGAGACUUUGGAAAGCAUGAACCAAAAACGAGAGGAGUACGAAGAACUAAUGCAGCUUAUUGCCGAGCGGACCGAACAGGCUGCCAAGGAGGCGAAGUUUGGUAAAGCCGCCGAUGGUAGUAAGCGCCCGAAGAUAGUCAUCCCGAAGACCCCGAAGAUGGUGCCGCUCGUACCGCAAGGAAUGUUUCCCGAAAUCUAUAACGAGUUUCUUCAACGCGAGGAUAAUCAAUACAAGAAGUUUCUGGAUAGUUAUUACCAUCCAAAACUUCUACGCCUGUCGUCCGAGGAGAUAAAUCUUAGGGAGUGUAUUAUCAUUGGCGGACUCUAUAACAUUACAUUUGUUCGGCGACCUGACCAAACGCAAUACGAGAAGUUUAAUAUUAUUUUGCACGAGGAUGGACGCGUUCUGCAUAUUAUAGCUGAUGUCGUGGCUCGAGUUGAAGGCAACUUUCGAAGCACCCAUGUUUCCGAUUUCACCAGAAUGACCUUUGCUAGCAGCCAGUUGAGGCUAGACGAUAAUGAGCUGCCAUUCUUCGUUGUUACCGUGAAGUUGCCCCCAGAUCUCUGCAGGUGGGGCAAACCCGAGGUGUGCCAUUAUUUGAGAGAGGUGGAGGCACCUCCACGGACACCGGAUAGGAGUACCCUCGUUACGCUCAAUGUUGUUGAACCCCAACGGAUAUCAUCGCAAUUAGUCCAAAGAGAAGACAGCGCCAUCCGAUCAACAUUUGGCAAUCAGUUUUAUCCCACUCUCAGAUCAAUCCUAAGGCAAAGUGUUACCUAUGCACAUAUCCUUGAAAAAGGGUCUUCUAUCCAGGAUUUUCAUUUGAACAAGGCUUUAAAUAAGAUUGAAAUUAUGAAGUUAAAAAACAUAUGCCUGCCCCGCAUAAUUUCCUCAUUUAAGCUCCCAAGUGAAUUUACUGAAGACAAUCUAACGUUAGAAGCCCAGAAGUCAAGGCCGAAUCGCUUAUUGAAAAGGACUGAAACCGAUUUGGCUGUGGAGACUAAACUUGCACCACCGGAAGACUUUGAUUAUGCAUCGCAACAACGCCCCGAAAGGGUGUUUCCCAUUUUUGAAAAGACAGUUCCUGUAGCAUUUAUUCCUGCUGGUAAUUCGACCACAACCGAUUCUACUGAUACAACAACAGCCUGUGGAUUAUUGUCCACACUGGAGACCAUCAAAGGAAAGUACUUGCGCAAGCCAUUACAACUGUUAGAACAAAUCGAAGUCGUACCCAAGAAGGCCGAGAAAAGAAUGGAGGUAAAAAAUGUAGAGGUGGUAAAAAGUUCUUCAAGUCUUAGGGAUAAAGUGUCUGCUGCGAAUGUAAGUGAUAGAAGGAGUUUUACAGAUGCAAGUGAGAGAAAGAGUGCUAUAGAAGGUAAUCUUGGGUUCUAAAACAGUGAAUCAGAUUAAAAUAUUAAACAUUUAUUCUCAGACUUAGCCAGAGGUCCAGAGCAAAAAGCAACCAGAAGAAGUGGUUCUGUCAACAGGCGGCGAUCGGCGCGAAAGUCUGGCAAGGUAGAAGACCCUUUCAAGUUUCGCUAUGAAGAAAGGGAACCAGGAGUAUUGCUUGAUCACUGGACCAAAGAGCACAUUAUCGAAUCGACGAUUGAUCACAAGACUAACACACUCACCUUCAGGACGACCCGUUUGGGAAUUUUUGGACUGGCCUUCAAACGAUACGAACACUUUCCCUUCCGUGAUUGGUGUCUGCAGCCAAAUGAGAACAAUCCAGAUGAGAUCAUUCUCAGCUUGGACACAUUCCAUGCGCGAAUGUUUUUCUACAUCACAUCCCAGGGGGUACGUGGCUAUGUGACUGAUCUGACCAAGGGAUAUACGGCUAAGCCAGUUAAGUACCUGGAGAUUGUGGAGCCAAUCUCGGACUUUCGCGUAUUGCGUAAGUUACUUGUGGAAAAGAACUUCAACAUUUUCGCAGAGAACGAUGCCAGCUUUUACAUCACAAAUGGUUACUUCUCCAUCAAGCAUGUGGCCACUGAGCUUCACACCUACAAUACCAUGGCAUUGCAAUGCAAAUUGAUGAAAUUCUAUCGAUCCAGCUGGAAUCGACUGGCCACACGGCGCGACGUCAUUAUGGACAUGAAGAUAGCGAAAGACAACUCGGACUUCUCAGAGGUCACAAUGCGUAUAACACCCGAGAAGACAACAUUUGUCAAAAUCUCCGAAAUGUGUUCCGAUGAUAUAAACGUGGUCAAGCUUCGUUACGAGGAAACUUGGCGAAACGUCAAUAACUAUAAUGAUUUCGGUCAGGCCAUUCAAUCGUUGAAUCCCCAUUCCCAGGAGGGAUCUAAUAAAGAAGCUAUGCUAUUCGUCUACAUUAAAAGGCUCCUGAAUGAGAUUCGUCCCUUAAGUUACUCCUAGGAUCUUCGGCACUUCUGUAUAAAUU